AGGGAACUAGGGAUCCCGACAAUGAAUUUUGACCAGAAGGCCGUGAAAUUCCUGGCAAACUUUUACAUCAAUGGAGGCAAACACUGGACCCGUGGCCCCCUGAGGCAGAAGCUGCUUGUGCCCACCCAACCCAAGGCCACUGUGCUAUUGUUGGGCCCAGAGCCAGGGGCCACCUGGGAUGAGACAUGGCCCCCAGGGGCGCAGGAAUUCCCAGCUGGCCUCAGGAUGCAAAUGGAGCCCCUCCAGGAGCCCCCACCUACCUGGACCCAGAACCUGCAGGAGCUGUUGCUGGAGCGACGCCCGCCCAUCAUGACCGACCUGGACGUCCCCGGCCCCACCAAGUACCAGGUACCAGAUGCUUCAGUGCGAGAAUCCUCCCCACAUCCCCACUUCAGCAUUGGCCGCAAGCACCCCACCCUCGAGGGUGGUGGCCGUAGGGCGUGGCAGACCCUGUGGUUCCAGAGUGAAAGCCCCUUCACCCAGAAAGCCGACUUUAAGAGAGAGCAAAAGUGGCCAUCACCUGCCCACUACCAGCCGCUCAGCCGGUCCGCCUUCGCGGCCUUCAGUUUCGGGGGCCACCGCCACACUUCCAAGAUACCUGAGGCCUGUGUCCAGCCGGGGCUGCCGCGGGCUGGGGGUGCAGGUCACCGUGCCCAGCCCCUGCUUCAGGCCCCUCUGAAGGCCCUGCGGGGUGAGAAGCGCCCCAGCCCCAACACCUAUGAUAUCCUCCCUGGGCGCCAUCUGCAGAGCCCGCGCCCGCCCACCUGCACCAUGAGCCACUCGCCUGCGUUUGCCUCCUGGAUCAGCUCCUCCUGCACCCCCGGCCCAGCCACCUACUACGUGGAGGAUUGCUAUAACUCGCGCUUCCCCUCAGCGCCCAGAGUGGUCAUCCAGGGCGUGCGGAGACCCAAGCGCCAUGACACUGGCCCCUUCUGCACACUCUAGAGCCUGCUGGGCACAGCUGGCCCACCCGGUUAUCGCAUGGAACCCUGGCUUCCCCAGGGGCCUUUCCAGGCCUCUCUCUGAAACUCAGCACCCCUCAGCCUGGCCUUCUCACCCUCUGGGCACCCCGAUCCACCAUGCUGGCUGGCCAACCCUUCUGUGAGCUGUGGAUGAGGACAGCCCAGUCCGAAGCCCCCAUCUGCCCACCCCUUGCUAUACAGAGAUGCUGUUGGUUCUUCCAAACUC